AUGGUGUCACCAGGUGGGGUAGCUGUGGGUGUCACUAGUGGUAUAGCUGAUGGUGUCACCAGUGGGGUAGCUGAUGGUGUCAUUAGUGGGUUAGCUGAUGGUGUCACUAGUGGGGUAGCUGAUGGUGCCACUAGUGUGGUAGCUGAUGGUGUCAUUAGUGGGGUAGCUGAGGGUGUCACAAGUGGGGUGCCUGAUGGUGUCACUGGUGGGGUAGCUGAUGGUGUCAUUAGUGGGGUAGCUGAUGGUGUCAAUGGUGGGUUAGCUGAUGGAGUCACUAGUGGGGUAGCUGAUGGUGUCACUGGUGGAGUAGCUGAUGGUGUCACCAGUGGGGUAGCUGAUGGUGUCACUAGUGGUGGGGUAGCUGAUGGUGUCACUAGUGGGGUAGCUGAUGGUGCCACUAGUGUGGUAGCUGAUGGUGUCAUUAGUGGGGUAGCUGAGGGUGUCACAAGUGGGGUGCCUGAUGGUGUCACUGGUGGGGUAGCUGAUGGUGUCACUAGUGGGGUAGCUGAUGGUGUCACUAGUGGGGUAGCUGAUGGUGCCACUAGUGUGGUAGCUGAUGGUGUCAUUAGUGGGGUAGCUGAGGGUGUCACAAGUGGGGUGCCUGAUGGUGUCACUGGUGGGGUAGCUGAUGGUGUCAUUAGUGGGGUAGCUGAUGGUGUCAAUGGUGGGUUAGCUGAUGGAGUCACUAGUGGGGUAGCUGAUGGUGUCACUGGUGGAGUAGCUGAUGGUGUCACCAGUGGGGUAGCUGAUGGUGUCACUAGUGGGUUAGCUGAUGGUGUCACUGGUGGGGUAGCUGAUAGUGUCACUGGUUGA